CCAGUUUUACGGAUGCAAUCGGGGUUAAACAAUCGAAGCAACAAAAGGAGGAGAAAUUCAAGGGACAUCGAUUUGUUUCAUCUGAUUACAAUUGUUUUCUCGGCGCUUUUUGUCUUACAUUUACAAUUAUCUGCACAUCUGGCCUUCCCGAUAGAAGAAGCCGUCGCUGAUAGAGGUUCCGGCGGUGCAAUCAUCACAAGAAACGGAGCCGAUCGCUCCCAGGGAGUUAUGUUUUCUUGCUCGCAAGACGCUUUAGGAUUGGCAUCAGGACACUGCUUGAUUUCAAGGUUACUUAGGAAUUAAAAGUUGAAAGUCCUCCAGCAAUGGACAAGGGAUUCAAGGGUGAAAGUGCUGAGCCUCUGAGGAUGCAUUCAGAGAAUCUUGAUGGGAGUCAAAGCGGCGAGCAGUCGACGUCUGCAUUAGAUAGGGAUAAAACCGGUAGGAUUGGUAGUGGCAAAAACAGUCCGAAGAGUAACAAUAGGAGCAGAAGUAGUAGCAGUAAUCGGUCGACAGGAAAUUUUGAUGCCUCGAGUCCUGGACGUGAUCUGUCGGCACUGUCCAAGAGAAAAUCAGGGUCUAUCACUUCCCUGUCUUCAUCUUCAUCAUCAUUAGUCGAUCGCUUCCAAGUAGAGGCAGGUGAAUUAAUUAAGCCCAAAACAGAUGGUAUUGCUCCUUCUCCGGGACAUGAUGAGUAUUGUCCAUCGAGGUUGCGGAAAGAAAAGGAAGCGGUUAAGGUAUCUUCAAAAGCAGAACGUGACUCGGAGUCCUCCUCAGGUGCCGCAUCGACGUCGCCCAUGUCCGACAUCACGCACGAGUCACUACAUCAUAGUAUGUCGCCGACACAGUCUCCUGCAAUCCAGGUGAUGGACCGAUCAGGCGGGUACAACCCUUAUAGGAUUCCGUCUACCGUAUUCGAAAGGAGCAAACCUUCAACUCCUGUUGAAUGGAGCAUUGCUUCCAAUGAGUCGCUCUUUAGCAUACACAUAGGGAACAACAGCUUCUCAAGAGACCAUGUAACUACGCCCACCACCGAUUUGCUGAAGUUCGACGAGCCCAUUAGCAUCAGCCCGCCACCUCUGCAAGAGGUGGCAUCGCUUGACCAAAUCGUCAACAUGGACAAGACCCCCGCAGCAAAUACCAAGAGCGUGGAAUUUACAGAGGCCGUACAGAAGGAAAAUGAGAACAACGCACACGAGGAAACGGCAAAUUCUCCCAUGGCGACCUGGGGUUCCUCUUGCCUUUCCAAUGAAAGCAGAAUGAGCGCCCCAUCUUUCUCUUUCCCCAUAAAGAAGAAGAGUUCAUGUCCGAAACCUAGGUGGAUGAGGAAAAUGUGUGUGUGUCGGAGAAAGAAGUGUGUGUGGCCGUCGUGCUACUGUUCGAACUGUAGUCUGGCAUCCUGCUGCCGUAAGUGGACAUGCUGCUUCUAUAAAUGGCCGAGCUGCUUCUGUAAAUGGCCGAGUUGCCACUGUUGUAAGUGGCCGAGCUGCUCCUGUAAAUGGCCGAGUUGCCACUGUUGUAAGUGGCCGAGUUGCCACUGUAAUUGUCCGAGCUGUCAUUGUCCUAAGUGUAGCUGUGCGUUCUGCUACCAUUGGAACUGUAGCCGAAAACGGUUUUGUUGUUGUUCAUCUACCAUGUAUGAUCCUCUCUCCUCUUACCUUUUUGUUAGUCAUUUCACCUUGACAGAUUGUCGGACACGGAGAAACCGGAUGCUCGGGGACUGUAUCAGCAGCCUUCUGCUACAGAGACGACUCCCAGCUCGACCGCCAGUGAUCGCGCUUGUUGCUCUUGCUAUUCUUGCCAUUCUUGCCGCCCUUGCAGCUCUUGCCAUUCUUGCCGCCCUUGCUGUUCUUGUAACUCUUGCGAUUGUUGCUGUCAUCUUCGACUCUGUUGCUAAAUUUUUUGCGUUCUUAAGAGUCUUUUGUUGUUCUUAA